CCGAAGUCUCUAUGUGGUCGUUUCAGUUUUAGUUUAGCGUUCAGCGUUAUUCGUCUCAUGCGUGUUAUACUGUCGUGUGAUUUGUUUAUUUUUAUUUACUUACCUUUUAUUGUAAUACUCGUAUUCUAACGAUCUAUUUAUUUAAAUACAGUUGUCGGUGACAAGAGUAAACAACUGAAUAAUUUUCGUCGUGUCAUCAAGGUUGUCGUUUAAACAUUUUUUUCAAACUGUACAUAAAUCUUCGUCAACUUUAAAAAAAAAAUCGUUAUAAAUCUGUCACCGACGGCGACGGCGACAACGACAAACACAAGAUUACAUUGUUGAGCAUGAACUGCUUGCAUUUUACAGAUAGUAUUAUACAAAUGUAUAUAACAUAAUAAUUACAAAGUAUGGACGAUGUAGACGAAACAGACGAACGAGAAGAAUUGUUCUACAACAAUGUUAGAGAGAAAAUAGUAAGUACUUAAACAUUUAUAGAAUAUUUAUUGAAAUUCAAAUUUUUUUAAUGAUAUAUUUCUUUUAGAUUUUUCUCUUGCUAUUCGUUUUGUUGCUAGCGUUGAGUUACGCUAUUGUUAACCAAUAUAGAAAACGAGACAACAUUGUGGUUUCUGUUCAAGAUGAAGAUGAUUUUACUGUGUACAAAUACAGGUCAACAUUGAGAAUAGUAUUAAUUAAACAUUUUUACAAAACUAGGAAAUGCUAAUUUUUACUAUUUUAUUUUUAGUUUAUUACUUUGUACCAUCUCAUUGGCAGUUUCUGUUGGUGCGGCCCUACUAUUGCCAAUUUCCAUAGUUAGUAAUGAAGUGUUAUCUCUGUAUCCUUCCAGUUAUUAUGUCCAAUGGUUAAAUCACUCCCUCAUACACGGUAAGAUAUUUUUUCUUAUGUAAUAUUUGUGUUCUUAACGCCUUUUAUUAGGAUUUUGUUCCGCCGUUUUACUCAGAAAUUAUAGGACCUAGGGUGAAAGGGAAAUCUCCCAUCAUCUUAAUCUUCUAUUUUUAUACUAAUUUUCCUUAAUUUAAAUUUUACCUAGGUUUUGAGCCUUAAUGUACCCCCUUCAAAUAUAAUAGUAAAUCUAGUCACUUGUUUAUUUAUAUUGUCCUUUACUUUCUUUUGAUAACAUAAAUUAAACAAUUCUCUACUUCAAUUUGCACCAACAUCUACUAUAUUGGUAUCCUAUAAUAUUAUCACCCUAUUUAAAGUCUUUCUUAAUUUUAUUUUCCAUAUAGAGUUUAUAAUUUAUCUUCUAUAGGUUUACACUUGUAACAUUUAAAUUAUUAUUUUUAUUCAUUGUUCACUCUAAUGAAUAAUAGUUAUAAUUUGUGUUGAUAUUUAAUUCAGAAUUAAAUUGAAUACAAAUUUAGAACUUGAUUUUUACUUAUAGGUAUCUUAUUUAUUUUAUUUUAUUUUUAGGAUUAUGGAGCUUGGUAUUUUUAUUUUCAAAUCUAUCCCUUUUUAUAUUUUUACCAUUUGCAUUUUUAUUCAAUGAAUCUGAAGGCUUCCCUGGUCACAGAAAAGUAAUAAUAAUUGCAUAAAUAUUUAAUAUAUUUUAAAUUUAAUAUAAAACAAAACUAUUUUCUAGGGUUUAAAAGCCAGAGUGUAUGAAACUUGUACGGUGCUUUUGUUGCUUUCAAUAUUUGUUCUUGUAUUGACAUAUUUGUUGUACACACUAUUUUAUGCUGAGCAAUCCCUCUUUUAUAUGCUAGUCAGUAAGUUUACAUUUUAAUUUUUAUCUAAUAAAAGUAUUAUUAUUUUUUUUUUUUUUAUAUUAUUUUAUAACUUUUAUCUUACAGAUUUAUGGAACAACUAUUUACCAUUUUUAUACUCUUGCAUUUCAUUCAUUGGUGUACUCAUGCUAUUAAGUAAUACCAUUUUAAUUAUUUUAUAUUUUCUUCUUUAUUAAUAUUUUUCUUUAUUCAGUAUGUACUCCAGUCGGAUUUGCUACAUUAUUUACCAUUUUAAGUCGAUUCAUGAUUAAACCACAGCUACAAAAAACUGUAGAUGAAGAGAUCAGUGUUUUACGACUUGAAGUUGACCACCUCAAUAGAAAGUACUACCAACGUUAUUAUAAUAAGAUAGUUUUUCAACAAUAUGAAUCAUAAUAGAUUAUUGUUACCUAUUUUUUAUUUAAUAACAAACACUAAUUAUGUUCAUUCCAGUCUAAUUUAACUAACUUAACCUUUUUAUAUUAAAAUACUGAAAAUAUAUUUAUUGGUCUACCAAUUUCCCAAAUAUUUUGAAACAAUUUGUACGGGUCUAUAUAUUAAUCUAAAUUAUAAAAGAUAGUUUUAAAUUUCAAAUAAUAAACAUUACAAAAUUAACCAAAUAUUUAGAUUGGACCAACCUACUGUAAAUGGUUUUACAUACAUAUCUCCAGCAUCAUUGUUAGAAGUUAAAGAACAAAACAUUACUCGUAAUGAGAGAAAACUAAGGACAUUACAAAACGGAGAACUGAAAAGUGAACUAAUUGAUAAAUUAUCAAUUUUCCAAGAAAAACUCGAUGUGCUUGGUAAUCUUGAUUAUAUUUAUAUUUAAUCUUAUGUUAUAGUUUAUACCCUCCCUUUGGUAUGUAAACCUAUUAUUGUAAUACAUUUUAUUGUUAUAGAAAAACAAAGAAAAACUUCAGUAUUCCGUAAACUAUUUUUAUAUCCAACAUUUAUGCUAUUAUUAUUAGCACUUACUGUUGUUACAGUAUUAUUGGUUGUACAAAAUUUACUUUUGAUACUCAUAGGAAUAAAAGCAUUACCUCUUAAUACAAGAGUAAGUAAAUUCUUUUAUAAUAUUAAUAUUAAAAACAGUAUUUUUUGAACGUAGUAAUUAAAUAUAUAUAUUUUAUAUUUAUAUUUUUAGUGUUUCAAAUUAUAAGCUAUUUAUUGAUAUACUCAUAUUGAAGUUGAAAUCCUAAACUAUCUUAAUUUCUUUCAAAAAUAAUUAUACAAAUUGCAAACAUAUUUUAUUUUAUAAAAUGUAUUAUUAUUUUUUUAUUUAUAAACUGGUGUUUAGUAUAAUAUAUGAAACAUAAAAUGAUAAACAAAUAUAAUUUUAAUUUUUUUUUAAAUAUAAAAGAGAAUGACAUUUAAAUAAUUUAUUUGAUAUAGCUAGGACUGCAGUGUAAGAAUGUAACACAAUUAUUAUCAAAUCUAAUAUCUGUUGUAAAACUUUAACUUAUUUGAGAUGAAAUUAUUAAGUGAUAUUCCUUAAAAAAAAUAUUAUCUUUUGUUACAUGCAUUUCUCUUUGAAGAAUUUAAUGUGUAUCGCAACAAUUUUUCAUUGGCUCUGAAAAAGAUAGCUCACCAGAGUAAUUAUAGAUAUCUAUGUUAAACGAUUACCAAUUUAAAAAUUGAAAAAUUAUAUUUCUUUAUUCAAGAUUGAUUUUGAAAUAUUUUUAAUUUUAAAUCAAUUAUCUAGAAAAAAGCAGACUUGUUCAAAGUGUAGGAUGUCCAAAGUGGGGUAAAAUGUCAGGAAUAUUAUUUUCGAAAUAUGUUGUGCAAUUUUUUAUUAACACAUGAAUGCCUUUAAGAUUUUAUUAAACAUAUGUAUAAACUUGAAAUUAAUUUAAAAUUUAAACCCUAAAAUAGUCAAUAAAUAAUUAUCUAAAUGUACUAAACUACAAAUUAUGUGUGUAGAUGUAGCUUUAUAAGAAAAUGUACUAAAUUUGUAUACUGUAUUAGAGAAAUUAGAGCGUCUUCAAAAAUUGUUUUAGUGAGGUCUUAUAAAAAAUAUAAAUAAUUUUAGCAUUUUCAUUAUUGUAUUAAAUUUUGAUGAUAUAACAAAAUAAAACAACUUAUAUUACUCAUAUGUAAAUUGUAUAUAUAUUUUUUUUUAUAUAUUUGAUUGAAAAAAUGAUUGUGUUAAAUUCUUUUAGACUGUAUAGUGAGCAUUAUUAUUAUGACGUAUUGCAUUUAAGAGUUUUGUUAAUCAAUGAUAAAAUUAAACAAUAAUACUUUAUCAUUUAAAAAUUACAUUGUCAGUAAUUCUGAUAAGGUAAAUGAAAAUAUAAAAAAAUAUGGUAAAAAACAUCACAAGUGCACAUAACACAUAAACCAUCUGUCAGAUUAAAAUUUUUUUAAACAUAUUUAUAUAAUCAAAUACUUAAAAAUAAAAAAAUAUAUCUACUUAUCAUUUAUUUGUUAAUUUGACUUUUUUUUUCUUUAGCAAUUUACUUUAGGAGUAAGUUCUCUAUCCAAAUUGGGACCAUUUGGAGCUGGAUUAGAGAUUGUUAUUAUAUUGUAUAUGUUAGUAGCAUCAACUGUUGGUUUAUAUUCAUUACCUGUUGUGUCUACAUACUGUCCAAAAAUUAAACAAACUCCAUUAACACACAUAGUAGGAAAUUGUACUUUGCUGCUUAUAUUAAGCUCUGCAUUACCAUUAUUAUCUAGAAUUCUAGGUAAGUUUUAAUUAUUGUUGUGACGACUAUAACUUAAAUUUUAACAAGGCUUUAUGAUAAUUUAAUUUGUUUUUUCAUAAUCUAUUUAGGAAUUACGGACUUUGAUUUAUUAGCAGAUUAUGGAAGAAUCGAAUGGCUUGGUAAUUUUACAAUUGUUGCUUUAUACAAUGUAGUAUUUGUUGCUGCAGCUACACUUUGUUUGGUUAAUAAAUUUACAUCAGCAGUACGGAAAGAACUACUAUUAAGGUAAAUAAAUUUAAUUACUUGGGACAUAUUAUUUAAUAACAAAAAUAUGUUUAUAAAUAUAUAUAUUUAUAAUUUUUCAAUAAAUUAAUCUCAAAUCUAUUGUUUAGACUGAAAAGUUUUUGGAAAUGGAUGAUGGGUAAUGUCGACUACAGUAUUACACACAAUUCUAGUUUUUCUGUUGAAAAUUCACCGACAAUUACUAAUAAAAACGCAAUUAAAAAAAAAGUAAAAUAAAAUGUUUUAUUCUAAUUUAAAUUGUCAAUAAUUUAUACAUGUUUGUUACAUUCUUUUUUAAAUUAUUUUGAUAUACCUAACGUAAAUAUAUCUAAACAAUUUUUUUUAGUAAUACUACUAUUUCUAUUCAUUUCUAAUCAUUUUUAUACAUUUUACUAAACUUGUAUUUAUUUAGUAAAUACUAAAUAUUUAUAUACAUUAUCUAUCAAAUUACAAAUUUAUCUAUAUUAGAUAUAAUUUGAACACGACUGAUGAUUAUAGACGGAUGAUGAUUGACAGACUGAAGUUAUAUUAGAACAUUUAAAUUAACUUUCAUUCUGUAAAUAAAAAUGAUUACCAUUAAAUGAGACAAUUCUAAUAAGUGUGUUAAGGAAGUUAACUUAAAAACUGUAUUAUUUUAUAUGAUUUUUUUUUUUUAAAUUGAGUGAUCAAUAAUAAAAUUUUAUUAAGCAUUCCGUGAAUGGAUAUUAAUCUGUACAUAUAUUUUUUAUAUUUGUAAACUCCAUACUCCUAACACAUUUUUGUAUUUUAUUUAUUAUUAUCAACAACAUUUCUUGGCAUUUUUCAAUAUAAAUAAUUGUAAUUAUAGAUAUUUAAUGGAAUUUAUCGUAAUGUUUGUAUGCUUUUGUUAGUUAUAAUUUAAUAAUUAGUUUAAUAAAAUGUUUUUAAAUAAUUAUAAAACUUAAGUAUUAUGUGAAUUUAAAUCAGAAAAAAUGUUUAUAAUAAUCAAUGAAUUUUAAGACGAAAAAGUUUUCAAGUCUUAUUUGAAGAUAGUUCUAUUAUUUUUUAUUUUUAUGUUGGAUGGACUGGAGUACCUAUUGUUGUGUAUGUAUUUAUUUUAUUACUACUAGAUCAAAAACAAGUUUAUUGUUAAUAUAUUAUUAUUUUAAAUAAAUAUGUGAUACUUAUUACUAAACUACAUAAUUUAGGUAUAUCAAUGAUAAAUUAAGGAAAUAGUAAUUAUUAUAUUUUUUUUUUUUUUUUUUCUAAUUUGUAACUUGCAUACAAAAUGUUAUAAAUUUGUUUCUCUACGGUUCCUAUGUUAUUCAUUUUAUGUAAAUUAUUUUCUAAUUAGUAGAACUUAACUAAAACUUUUUUUGGACAGUUAUUAGUAUGUGUUUUAUUUUUGCCAUUUUGUUUUAUAUUUAUGUUUUUCUUUUUGUUUUCAACUUUGUUUAUUACAUGUUUACUAUCUAAAAAUAAAAUUAUUUUCAAAAAACAAG